UUCUUGCCGCGCGGAGCGUAUAACGCGUACAGUAGUAGUUAUGGUAUUAGUUCGCGUUCAGCCGAACAGCCGUGCGGUAGUGUGCGCCUCGCCGUCGCCGUCGUCGCCGCAGCCACGGUCGUCCAAGUCGAAUCGGAAGUCGACUUCCGUACCAUAGUACGGCGACCGUCCGUAGUAAUAUAAUAAUUAUUGUGCGCGAGUGCAGUCCCAUACGGCAUAUUAUUUAUGUCUCGAUAGGUUGAUGAUCAUCGCACCUAUACCGUAACCGCGGUUUCGUUCACUCGUCGCACACACUCCGUGCCCGUCCGUUGGACCGUGGUUCUCCGAUAAAAUAUAUGUCACAGGGGCGAGUGUACCCGACAGUGUGAUUUUUGUCGUAUAUAUUAUAAUAUAUUGUUUUAUUGUACGUCGUGCAAAGCGAUAACAGUAAUAUUAUGCGUGUGAUCCUUCGUCGAACGUCCGUAUCACAACAUUGAACGCCGUCUGUGAUAACAGUAAAAACAACAGCGAUAAUAACAGCGAAAAUAAAACUGACAGUAACAACGAUAACGGCGAUAAUAAUACGAUGCCGGCCGUUCGCCGCCACGGUCGUGGCGUCCACCGCCGUCCGGUCCGGUACCGUCGUCCGGUGGUAGCCAUAGACGUGGCCACGGAGGUAACGUCAUCAGCUAUCGGUGCAGGAAGAGUUAUAGUAGCAGCAGCAGGAGGAGCAAGAGGAGCAGGAGGAGGUACUGUGGAUAUGCUCUGCUCUGCGAUCGUGUUCGGCCCGAUCGCUGUGUGACUUGCGUGUUCACCUGCAGUGACGAUUCGACUGAUUACACACACAUACCCACACACCCACACUAAAAUCGUCACUCGUAUCGAAGGCCGAGCGUCGAUUGCUCGGCACCACAAAGAGACCAUCCAGAUUUGAAAACGCAAACGGGUCAUGAGUUUUGUUUGGUGGAAGGAUUUCCGGAGAAAGAGACCCCCGGCGGGCCAGCAGACGUGGAGGAAAUUUGACUAUUGGCGACUUGCUACCGUCGACAAUAUAGUCUACCAACGGGUGAUGUCCUCUGCAAUGACCACCUAAAGCCUAUCACCAUCCUCUCCCUCCACCCACGCCUUCGCCGGCCAUCACAUUGAUAUAAUCUAAUUUCUUUUUGGUCAAAUUGAUCCACUGCCACGGUUGCCAUAAUGGAAUCGCUAGACGUGGCCGAAAACCUAUCCAGCCUGUCAGGCAUGGUGUUCAAAAUCGACCAGAACGAGUUCGGGCUCCUGGUGGACCAGAACGGCACGGGUUACCUAAACGACACCAACGUGACGAUGGACCCGAACCGAACGUAUUAUAUUUUCGAGUCUGUUUACCCGUCAACGUACUCGAUACCGGAAAUAGUCGUCGCUUCCGUCGUGGUAAUCAUGCUCAUGAUCGUCGUCGUCGUAGGCAACAUGCUGGUCAUCAUUGCCAUCGUGACGGAGAAGGCGCUGAAAAACGUGCAGAACUGGUUUAUCGCCAGCCUGGCCGUGGCCGACUUCUUCCUGGGCAUAAUCGUCAUGCCAUUCUCGUUGGCCAACGAGCUGAUGGGCUAUUGGAUAUUCGGCGAUUGGUGGUGUGACAUACACGCCGCGCUCGACGUGCUACUGUGCACCGCGUCCAUCAUGAACUUGUGUCUGAUAGCCCUGGACAGGUACUGGUCCAUCACGCAGGCCGUCGACUAUUUGAAGAAACGCACGCCAGCCCGGGCAAUGGUCAUGAUCGGUUUCGUGUGGAUAUUCAGUGGCGUCAUUUGCAUACCACCUCUGCUCGGCUGGAAGGUCAAGAGGGUGCCCGAACGAUAUCCAAAAUGCCAGCUGAGCGAGGACUUGGGCUACCGGAUAUACUCGGCGCUCGGUUCAUUCUACAUACCGUCGUGCAUCAUGGUAUUUGUGUACAUCCGGAUAUAUUUUGCGGCCAAGGCGCGGGCGCGGCGGGGCAUCCGGAAACCGCCGUCAAAGCCGAAGAAGGGGGCCGCGAAGGCUGCGAAGGCGGCGGCAGCAGCCGCGGCGGCCACGCAGAGCCCGUCCACCGUGUCACAGACGACCAGCUUCAUAACGCGGCCUUUGCCGGCUGGCGUGCCGCUGACCGCUUUCGAUCGCCGCCGGGCCACGCCGGUCAACACCACGCUACCGGUAAUCGCCUGCGACUACGCCAGCGACGCGAGCACCAGUGACGUGAGCAAGGAUGGCGACAAGGACACGCUCAAAGUGUUCACCACGCAGGGCAGCCGCCGGCUGACAGUGAACGGCGACCUGGGUGGUGGAGGUGGCCGGUGCCGGGCGUCCAGCGUGGCCGUGGACACGGACAUGGUCAGCGAGCUGGAACCGUCGUCGUCCGACUCGGGCAACGUGCAAAAGUGUGGCGCCGUCAAGCCGGUCAAGUCGCGGCUGUGCAAGCCGAUAUUCGGAGUCGGCCGUAAGUCGACCAAGGCGGCGUCGGCCAAGGCCAAGCGGGACAUACUGGACACGGGCAAGGUGUCCAUGGCGUGCCGUGGCGGCGGGGGUGGUGGUGACGGUCACCAUGAGUACGGCGUCUCGAACGCGUCGCACUGCGGCACACCCGUGGACCCGGUGCCGUGCCUGCCACGGCCCAAGCCACGUGACCCGGAGCGUGAGAAGCGGCGCAUCGCCCGGAAGAAGGAGAAGCGCGCCACGCUCAUUCUCGGCCUAAUCAUGGGCUCGUUCAUCGCCUGUUGGCUUCCGUUCUUCUUCAUGUACAUACUGACGCCACUGUGUCCGGUGUGCUACAUACCGCCGCAGGCCUUCGCCAUUGCCUUCUGGCUGGGCUACAUGAACUCGGCCAUCAACCCGGUCAUCUACACGAUAUUCAACAAGGACUUCCGGCGCAGCUUCCGGCGCGUGCUGUUUAAAUGAUGAAAGCCCCGCGCCUCCGACCCGGACGACCGGAAGAGCUCCCCGCCGCACUCGUACAACUGGUCCUCGUCCGCCCAGCCAUCCUACGACACAUCGUCCUCCAUCGACUUCUCUUCUUUUACUUGUUCUUCGUAUCCUUCAUAUUCUCGUUCUUGUUCUCUCAUCAUAAUCAACAUCAUCAUCAUCAUUAUUAUUAUUACCUACUAUUGUUGUUAUAACUGUUAUCAUCGUUAUUAUUAUUUCUCAUUGUAUUAUAUUAUUAUAUACGGACGUGGUGAAAUACAGUCUGUCCGCGGAAAACUUAUCUUCUCGCCCCCACUAACCUCAGGCACGUACGGGACGUAAACGCGCAGAUCGAAUACAAAAAGUGAAUUGUGCACCCGGCGUAAUAAAAUUACAACUAUAACCAUCAAAUAUAUGAAUAGCGAAUCAGUAAACUUUUCUUUAAUUCCACCGUGGGGUUCAUAAAACUAUAUUAUAAAAAAAAAUAUACAUAUUUUUUUUUUUUUUUAAUGCUGUUACAACUACACUCGACAUUUCAACCACAGGCAGAUUUCACACCAACUCCAAAUGAACACAGUACCUACAUACUCAUAAAGGUAGACAUAUAUAAUAUAUGCUUAUGCGUGUAAAACGUAGACGGUAUUCAAUAUUUGGUAUUAUAAGUAACGGUUCCGUAAUCGAAAAGUCAAAAUUGGGUUCCUGGAUUACGGUGUGGAAAUCUCUUUAUAUGAAAUGUAUUGAUAUAAGAUCAACAAUAAAAACAUACACGUUCUUAAACUUUUUUUUCCAUUAUAUGAAUAAUAUUAAAAUUGAAUGUCUAA